GUACGUCACUGGCGCGGCGAUUUGAUUUUCCCGGACUCUGGGCUGAGUACGGGUGAAAUAAAGGUGGAAUAUCUGGUUCCCGGUGUAGAGGGUCUCCGCUGGAGCCGGUGUGUGGGGUUUUCCAGGGCGGGUGAAGUGCCACUUGAAUUAGGGGCGUAUGGAGCGCUACGUGUUGGUUGUCAGCUGGCAAAGGAGGACGGAGGGAGCCCGGGACCGGCUGCAGGCCCUCCCCGCAGGGUUAUCGGAUGUGCAGGAUACUUAUUCUCAGCUGAAAGAUUACUGCCUCAGUCACACCGACACAUUCCCAGCUUGUUCCCUUUCCGGAGAUCCAGGAGUAAGAAAAUGGUUCUUUGCUCUCCAGCUUGCCUAUGGCUCCUUUCAGUUCUCCAGUUGUGAUUGGGAAGAUCUGAGUCUGGUGACAUCGCCUGAUGAUGGAUCGGAGCCUCCUCCUUGUGCUAUUGAUGAAUGUGUGUGUGCUCUGCAAAGCUCAGAGGAAGAUGAUGAAGACAGCAGGGACUCUGUGUCCCAGACCAGCUUGUAUGAAGAAUGUGCAGAUUCCCUCCACCAGCUGGCCGACAAGCUUCCAGCACCAGGGAAAGCAUUGGUGGAUAUCCUGUUGAUCUCUCCAGAUGUUCCUAAGUUGAAGGAGUGUUUGCUUGCAUUGGGGGCAAUGAAACACCUGAGAGAAUGGCAUGCUGCCAAGAUAACUAUUGUGUCAAGAGAAAAUAAAGGGUGGCACAAGAUAUUGAAUUACCUCUCGGCUUCUAUAGUUGUCCCUGAAUGUCUUAAGAAUUCAGUUGACCCCCAAGAGUUGUGGAGAGGCUCUACUGAAAUAUAUGAGCGUAAGCUUAGUUCAGAGGUGGAGUUUCCAGAUUUUUGUCUGAGGUCUACCUGUGAUGAUGAUAUCCAGUCACGUUUCCAGAGACGUGUGCUAAAUAACAAUAAUGACAAUUCUUUACCUGAGGUGUUCCAUUACUAUGGCUCAUCGCUGCAGUUUGUACAAAUGGUGGAGCUGUCAGAACUUCCACAUUAUUUCAUAUCAAACCAUGUAUUUACAUUAUGUUUGACAAGAAAUUCUCUACAAGGAAAAUCUAAGCUGAUGCUGGAUCAGUUGUGCUCUUUGAAUGCCAAGGUUGGGGCUGUAUUUCUGCUGCCAUGUAAUGUGUGCAGUCUUCCUCUACCCCCUGAGUCCCAGCGUAGCUCCAAGAAGUGGAAGGAAUACUUAUCUAGGAAACCCAAAGAGAUCAAAGUUCCAGGGAUUAAGCUUAAAGGGGAAUAUUGCAAUUAUUACUUCUUAGUCCAAGGAUUAAAAAAUGGAGUGUGCAAGGCGACCAUGAUUCACUCCUCCAAUCAGAUCAACGGAGCUGCCUCGAUUAAUUUGUUACAUCAACGACUCAAUGAUAGGCCUGAAACAGACAAUCCAGAUUCCAGCGCACUGAGCAAUCUUCCUCUCUAUGAUGGCGAUCAGAUUCUGAUGAGGGAGAAGACCCUAGCUCGCGCUCGGGUCUUGGUGGUGGAGGAAUUUUUCAGAAGAAAAGAUGGUGGACAACCGCUCACCCCUGCGAAUAUUAACUCAUUGAAGGCCUUGUUAAAACUGACUCGAGACAGAGUUUUCAGCAUGUAUGAAAGCAAAUUGCCAAAGGACAUAGUCCAGCAGGAUGUAAAACAGAACCGUUCUGGAGCUCUCUCUGCUGAAUCUCAAGCAUCCAUGUUAAAUUCAUCAGAAUGGCCAGAGAGAAACGUACUUCAGAAUCUGGAGAACUUUGAGAAAAUCCAACAGAGAAUCCGGGCGUCUAUGCUGUCCAGCUCUGCAGAGCAUUUACUGGGCCGGAAGGACAGUCAGAAGGAAGGACUGACGCCACUGGAUGCCAAGGAGUUACUGAAAUACUUCACUCCACAAGGGCUAGCGAUCGGGGAGCUCCAACCCCUGCAGGUCCAGAGAGGAGAUAAUGUUUUCCUAUUAACACCCCAACUCACCCCACGUAAGCUGAGCGGGCUACCUUUCGAAAGAGCCUCUGAAUGUCACUACCAUGGUCUUGAGUAUUGCCUCGAUGAAAGGAAAGCGUUAGAUCGUGAUGUAGCCUAUUCAGAGCUGCAGUCUCGUCUCAUUCGCUAUGAAACUCAGACCACUUGUACUAGAGAGUGCUGUCCUCUCCCCUUCGCUCUGAGUCCGCUUCCAUCUCCCGCUGUCCUGUCUGAGCCAGGCAGUGUUCCAGACGGAGAGUCUCUGCAAGACCAUCUGAGGCUGAAACGACGGUCUCGGGACCUGGACGGAUUGAUCGCCAGCAAGAGACUUGCAAAAUCUGAAAGCUCGGACUCUCUGCUGUCUCUGGCCAGUGAGGGCAGCGGUCCUCGUCAGCCAUCCAGAGUGACCAGGACACGCUCUGAAAGGAUGGCACCAGCGCCAUCUUCAGCCGCGCAGACUUCCUCUUCUGCUGCCCGGGGACCUUUAGGGAGCAGCAAACCUGCCCAGCCAAAGCAACCUGCCAAUCUGGAGUCCGAGAGCAAGGAAUCCAGAUCCCAGAAACACAGCAGGAUGCUGAGGGAGGUGGUGUGUAAAACGCUACAGAAGCAUGCCAUCCAGGAGGGUCACCCUUGCUUCGCCGCCUGCAGUCAGCGCCUCUUCGAGGUCUCCAAAUUCUUCUUAAAGGACUUGAAGACGUCAAGGGGCCUUAACGAUGAGAUGAAGAAGGCAGCUGCUAAUAAUGUUAAACAGGUCAUUCAAUGGGAACUGGACAAGCUGAAGAAGUAAAGUGUGAUGUGUA